CCGUUCUUCACCCUUCCAUAGCAAACGCUUUAAUUAGAUUAUUCAAAAUAACAACUUUCACUCUCUUUCUUUUUUUUCCCGUUUUUCUUGAUUGUAUUAAUUAAUGAAUUUUAUUGUUUGAUUGCUCCUUUUUAAUUCUUCUCUUCGUCUUCUUCUUAAGUUCGUUGGCUGUAGAAGAAGAAUGCUUUUGUUACCUACUCUCCUUUUGUAGCUUCUCCACUUCUUCUUCUCUCUUUCUUUUGUGAGAGAUAACUCCAAAAAGCUUUUUUGUAUUGAAGAUGGAGAGAUACAAGUGUAGGCUUUGCUUCAAGAGCUUCAUCAACGGAAGAGCUUUAGGUGGUCACAUGAGAUCUCACAUCCUUACUCUUCCUUCAAAACGUGAGCUUUAUGAAUUAACCGCACGGCCGAGUCAACUCAGUGAAGAGACAGAGUCCGAUGCUUCUGCUUCCUCUGAUGAGGAAGAAGAUGAUGUGAAUUGCGGUGAGUUUGAAAGCGAAACCGAGUCCUCAAGAAUGAACCCAACUCGGAAACGUUCUAAGCGAACUAGGAAGCUCGGAUCGUUCGAUUUCGAGUUCAAGAAGGUGAGAACGAGUCAACCCGGUGAGGUGGUGACAGAGCCUGAACAUCACAGCUCAGCUUCCGACACAACGACCGAGGAAGAUCUCGCCUUUUGUCUCAUUAUGCUCUCCAGAGACAAGUGGAAGCAACAGAAGAACAAGACGAUUGUAGUAGAAGAAGAAGAUGAUGAUGAAUGUGAAGACUACAAAUCGAGCAAGAACAGUGGAGGAAGAGGGAGAUUCAAGUGCGAGACUUGUGGUAAAGUGUUCAAAUCGUAUCAAGCCUUAGGAGGACACAGAGCAAGCCACAAAAAGAACAAGACUUUCACAACAAUGACGUCGACCAAAACAGAGCAUGAGAAAACAGAGUACAGUAAUGGAGUCACGGAGAAGAAAGUUCACCAAUGUCCGAUCUGUUUUAGGGUUUUCACUUCAGGACAAGCACUUGGAGGUCACAAGAGGUCUCACGGAAGCAACAACAUCGGAUCAAGAAGAGAAUUUUCUGUAAAUCAAAGUGUUCCAAGCGUUAAAGAAGAGGAAGAAGUAGAAGUGAAACAGAGGAUGAUAGAUCUUAAUCUUCCUGCACCAAACGAAGAUGAUGAAACCUCUGUGGUGUUCAAUGAAUGGUGAAAACGAAAGGUAACAGCUUUGCGUGAUACGAGUUGUCAAUUUUUUUUUCUAAAAGAAAAUAUUAUUCUUUCUUUUUUUGUUUGAUCAAACUCUAAAAAACAAUUUUAUUUGUUUUUGUUAUUAUGGUGAUAUUAAAAUGCAAAAGAGGCUACUUUUACA